UCUAACCACUGAUAGAAAGAACAAUCUUGCUUUAUAUGGAUAAAGGACACGUUACGAUACGAGUGUAUAUUUAAUGAUUGAUAUUGAAGAAUUGUUUUCUUUUACAAAAGAAUUUUGUCAAUAAAUUUUAUUGAAUUACUAAGAAAAAUGCAGAUUCUUUUAGGUUUAUUAGUGUUAGUUACUGGUGCACAUUGUUUAUAUUCAUCUAAUUCAGAUGUCAUCGAUCUGACACCAAAUAAUUUUGAUAGUUCAGUAAUUGACAGCGAACAUAUCUGGAUUGUAGAAUUUUAUGCACCAUGGUGUGGACACUGUCAACAAUUUGUAUCUGAAUAUGACAAGGCAGCAACAGCAUUGAAGGGCAUCGCCAAACUUGGAGCAGUGAAUGCAGAUGAACAUCAAUCUCUUGGGUCUAGAUUUAGCGUGCGUGGUUUUCCAACGAUUAAAAUUUUUGGUAAGGAUAAAAAUAAACCAGAAGAUUUCAAUGGUCCUCGUACAGCAGCUGGUCUGAUUGAGGCUGCUACAAAUGCCAUUGCUCAGAAAGCAUAUGCUAAAAUAGGUGGCAAAAAGAGUGGCGGUAGCAGUGGUGGUAGUGGUCAUAAACAAGCUAAAGAUUCUAAGGAUGUGGUGGAAUUGACUGAUGAAAAUUUCGACAAAUUAAUAUUGAAUUCAGAAGAUAUGUGGUUAGUUGAAUUCUAUGCCCCGUGGUGUGGACACUGCAAAAAUUUGGCACCUAUCUGGGCUUCUGCGGCUACGGAACUUAAAGGCAAAGUAAAAUUAGGAGCUCUUGAUGCAACUGUACAUACUGUUAAGGCUAGUCAAUAUAAAAUAGUGGGAUAUCCGACUAUUAAAUAUUUCCCAUUGGGCAAGAAAGGUGCUGACUCUGUACAAGAAUAUGAUGGUGGUCGUACAAGUACCGACAUUGUUAACUGGGCUUUGGAUAAACUGGCUGAGAAUAUUCCAGCACCCGAAGUUGUUCAAAUAGUCGAUGAAAAGAGUUUAAGGAGUGCAUGCCAAGAUAAACCUCUUUGUGUAGUUUCAGUAUUACCACAUAUAUUAGAUUGUCAAUCCGAAUGUAGAAAUCAGUACCUAAAAGUUUUACACGAUCUUGGAAAAAAUUAUAAAAAGAAAAUGUGGGGAUGGGUUUGGUCAGAAGCAGGAGCUCAACCAAACAUUGAAGAAGCAUUGGAAAUUGGAGGAUUUGGUUAUCCCGCUUUGGCGGCAGUAAAUAUUAAAAAAAUGAAGUAUUCCUUAUUGAAAGGAAGUUUCUCAUACGAUGGAAUAAAUGAAUUUUUGAGAGAUUUAAGUUACGGACGUGGUGGAACCGCUCCUUUGAAAGGAGCUCAAUUACCUUCUAUAAUUGAAAUUACACCAUGGGACGGUAAAGAUGCCGAACCUCCACAAGAAGAAGAUAUCGAUCUUACCGAUUUUAUUUUAGAUGAGAAAGACGAAUUGUAAUCAUCGAGAUAUCAAUGAAAUCUUUUUUUUGUACGGUGCUGUACUCGAUUUGUCAGCUGCGAUGCGUUUCAAUAUUGUCAUCAAUAUAUCAUUGAAAGUCGGUCUCCAAGUGGCUGGUCUCAUUUUAAAUAUACGUAUAUUAAGUUUCUCGAAAUAUCAAUGCUUGAAUUAUGGAAAAAUAUAGUGUUGCUCGUUGCCGACUAGCUGGAUAAAAAAAUUCAUUUGGAAGAUAUUUUAUACAAAAGUAUAGUCGAAAGUAUGUUUGUGUUGCACAAAUUAUAUUUUUCCACAGUACCAAGCAUUCCUUCCAAGAAAGCCAAUUUACAUAAGUUUAUGUAAACUUCCUAAACAGAAAAAACAAGAAAGAAAGAAACGAUGCAUUUACAUACAAAACAUGUAAUCCUUGUAACAUAAUCCCUAUUGUUUUAAUAUUCUUUUAUAUCUAAUUCUAAUUUAAAUUUUUUAUGUCUGUAUUUCUUUACUACAUAUCUAUUGUUAAUAAGGAAACCAAUAAUUUACUAUAUACAUAUCACAAAUAAAGUGUUUGUAUAUUUAUAAAAAAAAAAAAAAAAAAACAAGAAAAUAAGAAGAAAAGAAAUAUGUCAUACAUUAUGUUCAUGCCUUUGAGAUUUUUCUGCAAAAGUGUAAUGUCAAUUAUCAUGUU